AUGGAUCAGGGAUGCCACACCAGUCCGAUCAUAACGACCGAAUCUGACUAUGGACCGGCGUUUAAUCAUGUCAUGCUGCCGGAUGAAACUCCCUCUUCAUCGCCUGCUAGGUGUUUUCCAUACCAGGAGUGGCCUGUAUUGAACAGGCAAAUGUUUGGGUCUAUGUGCACCUCAAGCGACUCUCUUAGUGCAGUGGAUUUUCUACAGUGGGAGGCAGAACAUCAAGCGCAAGUGCCAUUCAACGAACCCGAAAUGACUCAGGACCAUGUGACACCUAGCGCAGCAACAAGCCCUGAGAGCUGGUAUUUCUAUCAACACCACGAUCUACAGUCGCCAGUAUCUGCUCUUGUCAGCCCGCCUAUCAAUUGGCCAGCUUCGCUCUGGUCCAAUCUUUCUCCAGCAACAGCAUGGCAGCUUUACCAAGACAAUCAAGGCACAGGAAGGGUCCAAGGACGAACAUCAGCAGGGGGAAGUGGUACCAAGAAGCCAGCUCCAAAAACAGUACUAUUCGAGCCUCCGGACGAUCCGUUUCCCCAAGGCAUAAAUUUGUACGAUAGGAACUCCGAAAAACCGUACGUCGACGGUGAAUACCUCAAAAGCGACAUGCCGCUAAGUCGAGGUAGGGAGAGAAGCUGUAGUACAAGUAACAGGGCAGCCGCAAAGCGGUGCCGCGAUAAGGCGAGACGGCGCGAGCUUGAUCUUGUAGCCAUGGAUAAACAUGUCACCGAAGAACGAAUGUACCUUGAAGCUUGCGUUGUGUCUCUAAGGGAGGAGGUUCUUAAUCUUAAAAGCAAGAUCCUCCAACAUAGCCACUGCGACUGCAAAGCGAUCAGGAUGUACAUCGUGAAGGCAGCCAGUGAUGUGAGCCUUGGCGCAAACUCCACGACUCGGGACGCAAGGACAGGAUGA